AGAGGACGCGUAGAUUGGGUAGCCCCACCAGGGCACCCCCUGCCUGCCACAGCCCGACCAGGCACACCCCUGUAAAGGGUGGCACAUACGACUCAGAGCUUAUGAGGGCGUUGCGAGAAAGGGAUGAGAUGCAAAGCAUGCUGGAUAAAUACGAGCGUCACCUCUCCGAGAUGCAGGCCAAUGUCCGAGUACUCACGACUGACCGGGACAAGACAAGAGCACACUACCUGCAGGCUCAAGAGGAGAUAGCGAACCUUCGGCGGGAGGUGUUGCGGUCGAAAGCAUCGCGGGGGCCCAAGAGCAGCGUGACAGCACAGAGCAUGCUCAAACGCCUGGAGGCCGAGAGGGACGAGGCCAGGUCCGACCUGCACCGCAUGAGCACAGAGAGAGACAGCCUGAGGGAGAGACUUAAGAUCUCUCAGGAGACAGCUAUAAGUGAGAGAGCUCACCUGGAGCAAAGAGUGGAGGAUCUGCAGAAUGCUGUAUUGACACUGGAGCAGGAGCGUGGAGAGCAGAAGUGCAGGCAGACACAGACGAGGGAGGCCACGGCAGCGCUGGAGGAGGAGGUACACACGCUGAGCAGAAAGCUCGCCGCCAGCCAGGACAACCUCGGCCGCCUCAGGAACCAGUACAACACGCUCAGGGUGUGCCACGGCCGCACGGAGAACUCACUGAGCGAUGCAAAUCGGCGGCUAGCCACCAGGACGACAGAGCUGCAGAGCACACAGGAGAGGAGCAGGCAGCUGGAGGAGAGGAGCGAGUCAUUGCUGAAGGAGGUGGUGGGUCUCAAAGAGGAGCUGAGUGUCAUGCAAGGCACUCUGUCAGAACUGGGGCAGUGCAGAGAUGCCCUGCAGGAACAGCUAGAGAGGAAGAGCUGUCAGCUGAGCUCUGCUAACAGGCAGCUGGAAGACAAGGAAAGCACCAUGCAUGCUCUGAAACUCGAAAUCAAAGACCUGGAGACUACCACAAAUGCUGUGAGAGUGAUGAUGAGCGGCAGGGAGAGGGAGCUGGACGCUUCGAGGAUGAAGGUGUCAGACCUGGGAGACGAGCUGGCCACCACGCUGAAGGCCCAGGAGGCCAUGCUGCGAGAGACCGCGCAACUUAGAAGCGGCCUUGACCGGGUCCGACUGGACUGCCAGGCUUUGCAGCUCAAACUGGAUGAGGCUGGUCAGGAGAAGGCGGAUUUGGAGAGAAAAGUGCAGAACUACAUGUCUGACACCUCUCGCAUCAAAGACCUGCUGUCCUCCAAGGAACGCGAGUGCCACGAGCUCCAGGAAGGUCGACGGCAGGCGUCUGCACAGGCUGGUGGCUGGGAGGAGCAGGCCAGGGAGGCGGAGGCCAGUGCCGCCGAGCUGCGCAUGGGGCUCCACACCUCAGACUCAGAGAGGCGCGCGCUGAAGACCAGGGUGGACAGCCUGGAGGGCAGUCUGCAGGAGGCGCUCAGUGCUAAACAGUCCCAGAGUGCUGAGCUGUCCCAGCUGAACCACACACUGCAGAAGCAGAAGGCAGAGCUUCAGCAUGUGGAGGCGGAGCUGCGGAGGGUGGAGGCGGAGCGGUCGCACGCGCAGCAUGACCUGGAGAAGAUGCGCGAGCUCUGCAUCAAACUGGACACCAGCAAAGAGACUGUGCGGCAGGAGUUGGAGAUGUGGCGCUCAGAGGCAGAGCUCGUACGUGAUCAGCUGACCAGCGAGCGGGCAGCGGCACGCAGCCUCCAGGGCCUGCUGUCUGACGUGCGGGAGAAGGAACUGCAUCGGCAGCUUGGCUCGCAGGAGAAACUCACCGAGAUCCAGCUCCUGCGUGAUAAACUCGCUGUGGCUGAUAGCAAGGCGAGCACUCAGGGCAGGGAGAUGGUGCAGUUAAAAACUCGGUCAGCACAGCUGGAGGCUGACCUGGAGGCCACCAGGAAACAGCUCUCCAAUGAGCGCUUUGAGAGGGAGCGUGCGGUGCAUGAGCUCCGCAGGCUUGGUCUCUCUUCAUCCCCACAUUCUCCGUUGCUCUCGUCCACGCUACGAUCGUCCACCUCGCCCACCCGCAACUCCCUCAGCCCUCAUGUGUCCUGGUCACCUGAGCGCUCCAGCCUCGCCAUGCCCAUCUGCCCACCACCCAAGAGCUCACCCAACAGGAGUGUAAAUUUUAAAGAUCUGUAUGACUAAGCAGACCUGGAUUGGACUGGAUUCUCCUGUUUUCAUUUUGGAUGCACAUCAAAUUUAUUGUGAUCCUUGAUUACCUGCUGAAAUAAAUUAAAUAAUUCUAUUUUAAAUCUAUUUGAGUUGUUGUCCAGGUGCUGUGAAUGAAUAGACAUGAAUGUAAUAUUGAUGUUCCAUUAAUGCUAUAUUUCUGCUUUAUACGAUGUGAAUUCUUGCCAUUUUACAUUGUUGUUUUCAUAAUUGAUCACUUCAUAUU